AUGUCAUCUCAACUAGGUUCGCUCGCCGCCGAAAAAGAGAGCAUCAUCAAAAAGCUCAGUGGCGACCCGUACCGACCCUACGGGACUUUGGGUACCGGUGUACCUCAUCUGCCCACAGAGGUCCUAGAAAUGAUCUUUGGCUUCGCGGCAGCGAAUUUUAGCCACAGCACGGCGAGACCACCAUUCAAAAUGAUCAUCUCACUGGUCUGCAAGCACUUUCUCGCCGUCGCGUACAACACCCCGGAGUUGUGGGCGGAUAUCCGCAUGACGUCGAAGGAGGACGGCACUGAGCGCAUCAAAAUCCACCUGGCGCGCUCGAAGGAUCGCUUGCUCAGCGUCUCCGUGGACCUGACGCACGACGCGUUCGUCGACAACGCGGAGGUCAUAGAGCGGCAGUGGAAGAUGCUCGUGGGCGAAGUCCACCGCUGGCAACGCUUGGAGUUCAGAACCGAGUGCCUGCGCUAUUUCGACCCGCUGCUAUCGUCUCUGAGCGGGCUUGACGCGCCCAAACUCGAAUCCCUCCAGAUCUGCAGCACCACCAGCACCAGGAACACGGCUGAGCACGAAUUCUUCGACGUCGACGCGCCGCUCUUUCUCGCUGCGCCCAGCCUGCGUCGGCUCCGCUUGCACGGGACGGCGUUCCCCGGCUUCAACAAAUGCAGCCUCGUGAACGUGACGCAUGUCGACCUCUUGUCUCCACCGGAUAACAAUAUCCUUGACUACACCGACCUGCACGCAUUUCUCUCCAGCCUGCCCGGUCUUGAGAGCCUGGCAUACGGCGGUUCGCUCGCGUUUCCCCACUACAGAUUUGACGAGUACCGGCGCACUCUCCCUCUGAUGAAUCUGGGCGGACUGCGGUACCUCCGGCUCGCCUGCGCGGACCCUGGCAGCUUCUGCACUCUUCUGAGUGCUCCCCAACUGCUGUGUUUGGUUCUGGACGCAAAGACCGUGGAGAACAAACAUAUGCAGCUCUCACUCCUUCGCGAGGCAUUGUGCGACAAGACCCAGGGAUUCAACAAUAUAACAACUCUGAAGCUAUGGAACUUUGGCUCCGGGGACAUCGCGCGCCUUUUCGUGCCUCCCGUGCUUAGAAAUACAUGCCAGGUCGAGCACGUCACAAUCGUGGAAACCGACGCCGCCGCUUUGUUCAACGGGCUGCUUCCGCGAGGAACGCUGGAUCUGCCAUGGCCGCGUCUCCGCAGCCUGACGUUGUCUAACUGUAUCUCGGCUCCCGAGCUGUUCAGAUUCAUCGUGGGCCGUCGCUAUUCGGGGUAUGAAAUUCCCUCUCUAGUGAUUAGAGAUUACUUGCUCCACGAAUAUUGUGAGCAACUUCUGAGGGACGCUUCGAAUGUGGACUUGAGGUACUGUUGGGAAGAGGACUUGGACAUUGAGAAAGAUUUCGAUGUAUAG